GAGAGCCGGGCGAGAGGUUUCUAGCAGCCAAAAUUUCCCAAAACAGCUAGUUGAAUGAGUAACAGUGCGAUGGUGGCCGUGGCGAUCUGCUGUAUACUGGUGCUGCUAGCCGUGUUCAUCGUGCUGAUCAUAGUGGUCGGUUCGACGAUGGGCGAACCGAAGUGAGAUAAGCUCCAACUGGGGCCAGGUAACUUCGCCGAUGGAUAGCCAAGGCCCCCCGGCUGUUAGAAUUUGGACGGAUUUUGUUCCACGGGUGCUGCCGCUACUGCUGCUGUGGUCGACACUUAUGGCUGCGGUGGCACGGAUAGCGGCCGCGACGAGCGUGCUCAUCGACAACACCACUACCACCACCAUCACCACCA